UCUCCAGAUUUUCUGUGUUCGGAAAAUGCCCCAUUUGGAGGCCCCUCAAGACUUGAGUGAAUCCUCCCCGGAGAUUUCAUUAAAUCAGGAUUUUCUACCCAAUCAAGGACCAAAUGGCCAGCUCCAGCAACAACUACAACUACCAUUACCCAUAGCCCCAGUGGCUGCGGCCCAAAUCCGUUUGCCAACGCCUGAGCCUCGAUAUCAGCGUGGAAUUGAUUUGACAGUGCAAGAGCAGAACAAUCAGAACCUCUUGAGAAAUCUGCCAGCCUUGCAAUUCGAUCCGGAUAUUAUUGAAAAUGAAGAGGAUAAUUAUAUGCCAGCCUAUGUUCAUAUGCUGCCGGUGGUACUGCCAGCCCAGGCUCCGGAACCCACUUUGGAUGAGUUGUUGAGACGUGUCACCGGCCGCACAGAUUUACACAAUGUGGAAUCGGUGAGACUUCGUGUUAUUUCCUAUACCCUGAGCCUAUCCCACUUGGCCAUGUUCCUGCCACGUUUGCAGCAGCUGGACCUAAGCGGUUCCGUUUUGUGCACACUGCGGGAUUUGGGUUAUGGCCUGAGCCAUUUGACCCAUUUAAAUGUCAGCAAUUGUGGGCUGAAUAGUUUCGAUGGCACGAGUGGUUUUCCAGCAUUGCGGGUCCUGGUGGCCGAUGAUAAUAUGAUACAAAGGACCGGAAGCCUGUCGGAUCUACCACUGCUGCAGCAUUUAAGUGUUCGCAAUAAUCGGAUUAGUGAAUUGGGUAUCCUCACAUUUUUAGGCCUCAAUGGGAAUCUUUUGCAAUUGGAUCUGAGGGGUAAUCCAGUCUGUCAUCAGCCUCUUUAUCGGCAAACAUUACAGCGUAGCAUUCCCAGUCUGGAGAUUUUGGAUGGCGUUCCUUUCAAUAAUGAGAGAGCAGGACAGCAAAUGAGCUCCCUGGAUACCGAUGAUGUAUCCUCUUUGUCAAGCGCCUCCAUUUCAUUGCCCCUGGCUGCGGGAACAGAAUUGCGCCCGGCAACCGCUCCUGUGGCAGUAUCGAAUGCUUCUUCUCCCCCAGGGGGUACAGCUAGGCCUCAGUCAGUGACCCUCUCUUCGAGGUCCAGUUCCUUAUCAUCGGGUUCUCCAGUUAUGGGUUCAGUUUUAUCGGUGGCCCGUCAAAGACAACGACGAAAAAACCAACCACCUAUCAAUGCCUGGGUCUCAUCGGAUAGCUCCAAUUAUUCCAGUGCAAAUUCCCUGGCGACUUCUUCACGGCCCUCGUCUUCGAUAUCCUCGGCUGGUAGUUGUGAUAUAGCAUUGCCUCAGGCUAAUAAAAAUUAA